UUUCUUAGUUUCGACGCUCGCUUUCUCGAAACAAGUGGAUAUAGAUUGGCAGAUACCUCAUACAUUCCUCCACCUCUCUCUCUCUCUCUCUCUCUCUCUCUCUCGCUUGUGGAUUAUGGCGAUCUGCUUAUCAGAAAUUUUGCCUAAAUUGUUAAUCAAUGAAUCGAAGAUUGAUGUUUGAUUGAACCUGCCGUCGCAAACUUCAAUUGGAGGAGCUUCGGAGUUGUUUUCGGUUUCGCUGUUGUCAGGAAGGACUGUUCCUCCAGAUGAUGUCCCGCCAGCGAGGAAACCAUGCUGAUGACAUGGAAGAAGAAUAUGAAAUGGAAGGGGUAGAUGAUAUGAUGGAUGAGUUCCAUGGAAGAGAUGGUGGUGCCUCAGACUCUGAUGUGAAUGAAUUUGACUACAUGAAUAGUAGAAACCAAGACACUACAGCAGCUCAAGCUAGAGGAGGCAGAGAUAUCCAAGGGAUUCCCUGGGAAAGGCUCAAUAUAACAAGAGAGAAAUAUAGGCAGACUAGAUUAGAACAGUAUAAGAAUUAUGAAAAUAUUUCUCAAUCUGGAGAGGUGUCAGAAAAGGAAUGCAAAACCACUGAGAAAGGCGGCUCAUACUAUGAAUUCCGACGAAAUUCAAGAUCUGUGAGAUCGACAAUUCUGCAUUUUCAGUUGAGAAAUUUGGUAUGGGCUACAUCAAAGCAUGAUGUUUACCUUAUGUCACAUUACUCAGUUAUGCAUUGGUCCUCAUUAACACAUACCAAGUCUGAAGUUCUUAACGUAUCAGGACAUGUAGCACCUUGUGAGAAACAUCCUGGAAGCUUGUUGGAAGGAUUUACUCAGACCCAGGUCAGCACUCUAGCAGUGAAAGAUAAGCUGCUAGUUGCUGGGGGAUUUCAUGGAGAACUAAUCUGCAAGUAUUUGGACAGACCUGGAGUUUCUUACUGUACGCGGACUACCUAUGAUGAUAAUGCCAUCACCAAUGCUGUUGAGAUAUACACGUCUAGCAGCGGUGCAGUUCAUUUUGUAGCUUCAAAUAAUGAUUGUGGGGUUAGAGAUUUUGAUCUGGAAAGUUUCCAACUGUCUAAACAUUUGCCGUUUUCUUGGCCGGUGAAUCAUACUUCUCUCAGCCCUGAUGGUAGGUUUCUCUUAAUUGUCGGAGAUGAUCCCGAUGGUAUAUUGGUGGAUUUUAGGAGCGGAGAGGUAAUUGCAUCUUUGCGCGGUCAUUUGGACUACUCCUUUGCCUCAGCAUGGCAUCCCAGCGGCUUAACUUUUGCUACUGGGAACCAGGACAGAACCUGCCGAAUUUGGGACAUGAGAAAUCUUGCAAAUUCAGUCACUGCCUUGAAGGGUAAUCUUGGAGCCAUUCGUUCCAUACGAUACACAUCUGACGGCAAAUUCAUGGCCAUGGCCGAACCUGCAGAUUUCGUCCAUGUUUUUGACGUAGAAAGCGGGUAUGAGAAGGAGCAGGAAAUUGAUUUCUUUGGUGAGAUAUCUGGCAUGUCAUUUAGUCCCGAUACAGAAUCGCUUUUCGUUGGAGUGUGGGAUCGUACAUACGGUAGUCUUAUUGAGUUUGGGAGACGUAGGCAGUUCUCGUAUCUGGAUACUAUUGUCUAAGUUGGUAUCUUAGGUUUAGUUGUGGUAGUGGGGAAGGGAUGUAUAGAAGAAAUUAGGAGGAAAUUAUAUAAGCUUUUGGGGUUUCCCAGGGCAUUAGUUGACUGGCAUGUGUAAUAUAGUAGAGGAGGUUGUCAUUUGAUAUCCUUUUCAUGAUCACUGUGGACCUAACUAUUCUAACAUUUCUUGUUAUGAGACACGAAUACAACCAACAGAGUUGAAAUCCCAAA